AGAAAAAUGAAUUUUUGCUACUGAAAAAACAAUAUUUAUGAUUAAUUUAGUUAAAUAUUUAAAAUUAAAAAUAAUUGAAUUACGGUAACUAAUGCAUAGAAUGGGAAAUUUUGAUCGGUCGGGAAAUAAUCGAUGUGCUAGUUGUAUAAAAGGUUUAAAAUGGAUUCCUGUAUUGUUUAUAUUAGCCCUUGUAGCGUGGAGUUAUUAUGCUUAUGUAGUGGAACUAUGUAUAAAAUCAGUUGACAGCGUUUUUGUUAAAGUAAUAUUUUUAUUAUUUUAUCAUAUAAUUGGAUUUCUGUUUUUGUGGUCUUAUUGGAAGACAACAUGUACACCUAUUGGAACAGUUCCACCAAAGUGGCGAUUACCGCAAAGUGAAAUUGAUAAAUUGAUACAAGCUGAAACCAUUGAUCAAUUAAAAGUAAUAUUGGAAUACUAUGCUAGAGAUUUACCAGUAAGCAAUAGAACUUCAAACGGAGCUGUUAGGUUUUGCGAUAAAUGUAAAAUAAUAAAACCAGAUAGAGCUCAUCAUUGUAGUGUUUGCGGAUGUUGUGUACUUAAAAUGGAUCAUCACUGUCCUUGGGUUAACAACUGCGUUAAUUUUACAAAUUAUAAAUAUUUCGUUUUAUUCUUAGGAUAUGCGCUAUUAUAUUGUAUAUACGUGGCAAUUACUUCACUUGAGAAUUUUAUUAAAUUCUGGCAGGUAAAUGGAAAUAACGAACUCAAUAUAACUGGGAUGGGUCGUUUUCAUAUUUUAUUUUUAUUUUUCGUAGCUGUGAUGUUUGCAAUCAGUUUAGUUAGUUUAUUUGGUUAUCAUAUAUACUUGGUACUAUAUAAUAGAACAACAUUAGAGGCCUUCCGUGCACCGAUAUUUCGAGGCAAUGGUCCAGAUAAAAAUGGUUAUAAUCUUGGCAAAACUGCCAAUUUCCAAGAAGUUUUCGGGGACGAUUGGAAACUUUGGUUUUUACCAAUUUUUACAAGCAAAGGUGAUGGCGUUAUUUAUCGAAUGCAGUCAAAAUAUCAACAAUCUACUUAUGAAUCAAUGGGCGAUACACCAACCAGGUUAGACGAACCACAAUCAACUGAUACAUUUUUAAAUAACACCACCAACUCCAUAAAUCAUCAUAAUAAUAUAAAUAAUAUAAUUAAUAACACAAAUAAUUCCAAUAAUUCCUCCACUAUCAUUAAUUCCAUUUCAAACACAAAUCAAAAUUUAUCAAUUUCAAAUAACAAUUUAAAUAUUAAUAAUAUUGUAAAUGCAAAUAAUGAUAUCACAAUCACUAAUAAUAGUGCUGCUGUUGCUAAUGCCAAUAAUAUAAUAUUUUCUAAUAGUUCAAAUGAUUAUAAUAGAAAAUCACCAUCUCCUCAACUAUCACCAAUUACAACAACUACAACAACAACACCAGUUAAUCCAAAUUUAAAUAAUACACAAUUAUCUGGAAUUAUUAAUAGUAAUGCAACAAAUUUAAUGCAACCAACAACAACACCAACAAUCAAAAAUACAACUACUGUCAUUGAUAUUGAAAAUGUAGCACAAAAUUCAUCAUUGCCAAAUCAAAAUACAAAUAAUUUGCUUUCAAAUAGCGCUAGCAAAGAUUUGAAUAAUUUUGAUAGCUCUGCUAGCGUUGUUAAUGUUUAAUUUUCUUUUCUCUUUUUUUCCAUUUUUUUUUAUUUGUUCUUUGUUUUCAGUUUUUUCAAUUAACAAUUUUUUCAAUUUUUAAUAUUGUGCUGUUUUUUUUUUUUUGUUGCGUUCAUUUAAAAUUUAAAUAUUUUUCCAAUGCUAAUGAUGAAAAUUUUUCAAUUCAAUUGUAAACUAUAAAUUAAUUACAAAAAAAAAAAAUAUUAUUAAAAAAAAGAUCACUUCAUUAGCAUUCGAA